AGCCCGCAAGUAUCGGUUGACUCUAUAUACCAAGAUCAAAUUCGCCGUAAUCCAGGUGAAUCCAAAGUGUAGUGCAAUUAGUGCAAUUCAGGUUCCCGAGUCAGUUUCUGAAAUAAAAGGCUUGCAUAAACCAGGCUGUAGCUUUUUCGGAAAAAUGACAACCGCAUCCUCCUUAGUUUCGCCCGCAAUUGUCACUCAACUGAAUCAAGUUUUAUCAGAUUUGAUUUCUAAUGACAACGAUCUUCGUUCUAAAGCCGAAAAGCAAUUGAACGAACAGUGGAUCGCACAACAACCUGACUUAUUACUUCUCUCAUUAUCACAGCUCGGAAGAUCUCACCAAGAAACACACGGACGUUCAUUCUCUUUUGUAUUACUUCGGAGAAUUGCAUUUAAACAAGCACCAAAUCAAACAGCUAAAGGAGAAGAAGUUUCCAUAUGGGAUUAUUUACAGGAGCAAAGUAGACAAGCGAUCAAAAAUGAAUUAUUAAUGUCUUUGUCGGUGGAACGCGAGAAUACAGUACGUCACAAAGUAUGCGAUGCUGUAUCAGAAGUAGUCAAAAAUUCCCAUUUAAAAGGGCAAAAGUGGGUCGAACUCCUCCCGGCUCUUUUUGAGGCCAGCAAAUCUCCUUCUGCCGAACAUCGGGAAGCGGCCCUACGAAUAUUUUCCGCUGUCCCCAAUUUAAUAACGGAUCAGUCAGUAGAUGUUAUAAAACAAAUUUUUUCUGCAAAUUUACAGGACGCUGAUAAUGCAGAUAUUCGGAUGGCUUCUCUUAAAGCUGCAGUUGCUUUCAUGCUGGAAACAGAUCAGCAAAGUCGAAACUCUUUUACUGAACUGAUGCCGCAAAUGCUCGCGGUUUUAUCUCCACUAGUGUCCCAACGCGAUGAGGAUGGCUUGGUUGACGGCAUUAUGGUGUUCAUAGAGCUGGGAGAAAAUCUUCCUCGAGUAUUUAGACCGGUUCUCCCUAUAUUAAUGCCUUUUGCUAUUAGCAUUAUUAAGGACGAAUCAUUCGAAGAUGGCACUCGCCAAACAGCACUUGAACUUUUGCUCACCUUAUCCGAGACUUCUCCAUCGAUGAUGCGCAAAGUUCCUGAUUUUUGUUCGCAAAUCAUUCCCAUAUCCUUAAAGAUGAUGACUGAAUUAGACGAUACAGAAGAGUGGUACACAACGGAUGAUUUGGAAGAUGACGAUAAUGACGAAAAUUAUGUUAUUGGUGAACAUGCUAUGGAUAGAUUGGCUCGGAAUCUUGGUGGAAAGGCGGUGCUUCCCAUUGCUUUCAAUUAUAUCCCCGUCAUGUUGGGCUCUCCGAAAUGGGAAGAGCGUCAUGCCGCUCUUAUGGCAAUCUCAGCUAUAGGCGAAGGUUGUGUUAAAAUCAUGGAAUCUGAGCUAGGAAAGAUAAUUGAUCUAGUUUUACCGUUUCUGAGGGACCCUCAUCCCAGGGUUAGGUACGCCGCAUGCAAUGCUGUUGGUCAAAUGUCUACAGAUUUUCAGGAUUCUCUUCAAAGAAAAUUUCAUCAUCCUGUGCUUACAAAUUUAAUUCCUGUUAUGGGAAGUCCCGAACCAAGGGUUCAGGCUCAUGCUGCUGCUGCUCUAGUCAAUUUUUGCGAAGCAGCGGAUAAAUCAAUUCUUGAGCCUUAUUUGGAUACUAUUUUUGAAAAACUUCUUGUCCUCUUAAAUUCUGGGAGAACAUAUGUUCAGGAACAGGCAAUAACUUCGAUAGCUAUUGUUGCAGAUAGUGCAGAAGAUCGAUUUGUUAAGUAUUAUAGCGCAAUAAUGCCUUUGCUAAUAAACGUAUUGAGAAAUGCCCAUCAAAAAGAAUAUCGCCUUUUACGCGGCAAAGCAAUGGAAUGUGCAAGCCUUAUCGCCCUGGCUGUUGGAAAAGAAAUUUUUGCCUCUAAUGCCGAGGAGUUCAUUCAAUUAUUGGUUCAGACUCAACGCAAAAUAUGUAAAGUACUUGGCGCCGACUUUGUGCCGUAUCUCCCAAUAAUAAUGCCUCCUCUUUUACAAUCCGCCCAACUUAAACCAGAUUUCGCGAUUUUGGAUUCCAAUGACGAUAUUGAAUCAAAAUAUUCACCCGAGGACGGAUGGGAAUUUGUGGGCGUGGAUGGACAGCAAAUUGGAAUAAAAACAACUGUCAUGGAGGAAAAGUGUACAGCUGUGGAGAUGCUCAUUUGCUAUGCUCGGGAGCUCGGACCCGCCUUCCAACCUUACGUCGAAAAUGUUUUGGAAAUUGUACUACCUCUCUUAAAGUUUUAUUUUCACGAUGGAGUACGAAACGCCGCGGCUGCAACCAUUCCGCACCUUCUAAAUGCAGCAAAAAAAGCCAACGCCAGUCGAGACUAUCUUAUAAAUAUGUGGCAUUCGAUAGCAAAGAAAAUAACUGAAGUUAUUAUAAGUGAAGCUGAUCCCGGCUUUUUAUGGCAGCUUUACGUUACUUUCCAUGAAUCAUUGGAAAUUGUUGGUGAUAAUAGCCUUGAAGUCCCUCAUCUAGAAGCUUUUACGAAGGCUACGGAGGAUCAACUACAGGAAUUUUAUUCCAGGUUAAAACAACGUGAGCAAGCUCGACACAGUGGAGACAUCGAUGCCGAAGAUGAGGAUAUUAUAAAUGAAGAGGAGGCAACUGAAGAGGGUGUCCUGGGUGAACUAUCAAAGGCUUUACACGUAAUCCUCAAAACUCACAGAACAUCGUACCUUCCUUCAUUUGACAAGUUAUUACCAAUUGUCACAACGUUUUUAGCCGAUGCUAAUCCUGCUGCUCGGCAGUGGGCUUUAUGCGUCAUUGAUGAUGUGGUAGAGUUUACAGGUCCUGCAUCGUGGAAUUAUCAUUCCCAUUUCUUAGAAAAAAUGAUCGCUUCUUUAAUGGACAUAGGUUCGUUUAACUCCGCAUAUGGGAUUGGUGUGUGCGCUCAAUUUGGCGGUGAAAAUUAUUCGGAUGCCGUUGCGUCUGCAUUGACUCCCUUGUUCCAAGCAAUAAGUUCCGAAGGUUCACGAAAAGAUGAAAAUGUAUACGCAACAGAGAAUGCUAUUUCGGCUAUAACCAAAAUUCUAAAGUUCAACAAUAGUAAAUUCGAUGUUAACUCAGUUUUGCCAGCAUGGUUUUCUACUCUACCUAUUCUUAAUGACGAAGAGGAAGCAUCUCUUACGUAUACAUAUUUACUGGAUUUAUUAGAAAGUCAACAUCCUGCCGUUCUCGGUAACAACAAUGAAAACCUACCUCGAAUCAUAACAAUUUUUGUCGAGGUCCUUGCCCUUGGCAUUCUACCAGAAUUUGUAGCUUCAAGAAUGGCGACCGCAAUGAAAGCUAUACUUAGUGGUCUUCCUGAUGAGAUCAAAGCGUCGCUAUGGAAUCAGAUUGAUCCUGAGAAACGUAAGGCUUUGCAGGAUAUGAAUUACGUUUAA